AUGGCGCGUUACCGCCUCACUGUGAGUGUGAUGCGGUGCGAGGGCCUGAAGCACACGGGUCUGCAUGCGCUGGAGGUCGAAGUAGGCGGAGAGCGUCGCGUCACUGGCUGGAUAGACGGUGAGAAGAACGAGAGGGCAGCCAUACGGCGAGGGUUACGAGACAUGCCGGCUCGAGGGAAACGAGACAUGCCGGCUCGAGGGAAACGAGACAUGCCGGCUCGAGGGAAACGAGACAUGCCGGCUAAGCGUGACGAAGAGCGACGCGCGCAGGGACCUUCAAGAGAACUGAAAACCGUAGCCGCAGACGUGGGAGAUGCACAAAGCCAGAGGCGCAUGCUCGCGUGCACCGAACGCGGCCUCGCUAGAAAAACAAAGGGACGAUGCGCGGAGCGGGUGAAGCGAGUGGGCGAGAGAGCGUUUGCGGAAGAGGCAGCAGGCUGUCCGCAGGAGCGAGAAGACGCAGACGAAGAGACAACAGGGGGCCGUCACGAAGCAGCGUUCAACUUCGCGGCUGUCUUCUCCAGAGUCCCGCGCGACGGCAACGUACGCCUUUCUGUCUGGCACAAACGGUCGUGGCGCGAGGACAAGCGCGUGUGCGACACGUACUACUCGAUUUCCUCGCUUUUUCUGGCGCCGGCGCAUGCGUUCCACGGCUGGCUUGGGCUCGAACACAAGACGAAAUUUGCAGGUCAGGUUCUGGUGGAUUUCGUCCUUUCGCGAAGAAGUUCCACGUCAAAGAACGGCGACGCUGGAGGGCUACUCAAGACAUCUACUCACAUCAAAGCACCGGAGGGGCUGGCGACGCCUAGCGAGACUCGCGAGGAAACCGACUCCGAAAGAGGCUCGCCGGAGAGGCGUGGAGAGGGAGAGACGGAAACGCUGAGAGACGGCGGCGCAGAUGCUUUGCGCGGAGGCAGAGAUACCGACGCGAGAUGGCGAACCGACCCGGGAGGACGACGAAGAGAAAGCGGCAUUGAGAAAAGAGAGAUGACUGGAGAGAGCUCAGGGUCCCCAGAUUUGCCUCUGCAGCAGAAUUCUCGAGGAGAGGACGCGCCCUCGCCAGCCUCCAGUGGCGACCCUCACCGAACACAACCGCUUAGAACCCGCUCGCCGCCGUCGCGUCGCCCGGCGUCCCCUCGCGCGUCUUUCUCUUUUCUCCCCGAUUCGGCUCCAUCUGCGGGCGCAUGCGGACUGCCGUCUGAAGGCCGGAGGAGGAGAGCGAAAGGAGAGGCCUCACAGGGCGAGGCGCAGAGCCCGGAGCGGGAGGAGACAGGAGAUGCGGCGCCCGAGAAGUACGCGACGCCCUGCCUUCUCGCCGCGCCUUCCUCGUCUUCAUCUUCUCUUCGGUCGCCUGCCUCCGCCCCUCUCGACUUACUGUCGCUCGACAUCCAGGUCGCCGACGCUGUACAGCAUCCAACCUUGGAAGAGGAGAUUGCGCUGUGUCAAGCCGAUGCAGCGGACCCGCGCUCUCCUCUCCCCUCUUCUGAGGCCGCCACAGUUCCAGCGGGCGCGUGCCUUCUUCCUCACUCGAAGCCGCAGACUCCAGGACCGGACUCAGAGGCGCAGGCGCCGGCCGGCGGUGAAGCCGCAGACCGCAGAGACAGCGAGCGGCGAGCAGCACGUGCGGCUCGCCUCGUGGAUGCAGGAGGAGAUGGGAACAAGAGAGCCUUUUCAGAGGAGGAUGGCGGAGCCGGGUCGCAUGCGGCGCGCGCGGUUGCCAGUCUCUGCAAAGAAGAGACGCCUACCGCUUCUCGGCUGCCCAACCCCCCGAGCGAUACCGACGGAACUGAGGGAAGGCGCGAUAGGGCAGGGCGGGAGACUAACGGCGAUUUCAAAAAAAGCAGCAACAAGGGUGCGCCGAUGCAACAGUCGCGCCUGCCUGACCAGGUGGGGCCCGUGAUGCCGCUGGAGGCGCAGCCAAGCGAGGAAGUCCCCGCGAGAGAGAGUCACGAGGCGCCGCUGCUGUCGCGUGAAGGAAAGCCGCCGCCGCGCGAGAGAGUGCGAGAGGGAGAGGCGGGGACUGGCAAAAGAGAAGGCGCUGAGGCUGCCGACGGGAAAGGCAGCAAACGACCCGACGGCGAGGGCGAAGGAAUGGCUGUACGCACAUCUGGAGAUCAACCGGUGUCCCCCGCGGGGGAUGGAUGCACCCCUAGCAGCUUCUUCCUUCAAGAGAGGAACUGGAAAGCUCUCGAUGAAAUCUUUUUUGGACAGUCGUCGACCCGCGAGGAGGCCGUUCAAGGCGCUUCCACCGCGAAGCCCGCCAGCACCGCGGACAAAUCUUUACCGGUGGAGCCUUUGGAGCCCGCAGCGGCGUCGCUUCGCAAAUUCGAGUGGCGAGGGGGAGCGAACGACGAGGAGGCGACGACAGACAGCACGGGCGACGGCAGCAGGGGCGGCUGGCGAGAGCACAGCAGCGGACAGAGGACCGGCGGCUACGACGCGUGGAGAGACUAUCAAGGCGGAAGAGACGACCCAGGCAGAGACGGCCGCCGCAGGAGAGGCUCAAGCCUCGGUGCGAGAGGAAGGCAAACCGCGGCAUUCGCGGAGGGGGAGGGCGAGGGGAGGCGCAGCAGGGGCGUCUCGGCGAGCCCCGGGACCGCGGUGCAAAUUGAGCCGUUUCCAGACGCCGACUUCGUCGACGAGGGGAGGAGCGGAGGCUGGAGAGAAGAGGAGAGAAGCUCUGGCGGGGCGUGGCAGGGCGCUUCCUUCUCUCGAGUGCAGACCGACCAGCGAGACGGCCAGCUCUCUUUUUCGUCACCUCAAGGCACUUGCCAUUCCUUCGCUGAGGAGAGGCACCGCCGCCACGUACACGGAAUCCAAGCCGCGGCGUCUGCGUUCCACGGCAGAGAUGUUUUCACCGGCCUGCCGCCGGGGCCUAGGAAGCCUCAGAGGGGCUUUCACGCGAGACCGACGCCAGACGCCUCUUUCCAGUCGAGAGGCCGAGGGAACUCCACGCCGCAGUCCAACGCGGUCUUCCCCAGCGACGCACCGAGCCCGUUCCCUGGGCAUCCGGACGAGGCAGCGCCAGCGAAGCACGCGCAGCCAUGCCCUAGGCCUUCUCCGCAGGUUCGCCUCUCCCCUCCCUCGACGCCUUUGCCGUCCGCCUCGCUGUCGCCUUGUCCGCCGGCAUUCGCUGACGCAGGGGACUGGGCACCUGGCGAUCCCGCGCCCGGAGGAAGGUGGGUACAGGGGCAGGGGUGCGAGGACGCGUGCCCGACGCGGGGAGAAGGCGAAGGAGCGAGAGCCGCAUCUCGCACGCCGACAGGGGAGUCUGCGGCGACAGCCGAAGACUUGAGGAGGUUGUACGAGGAAGGAGAGAGGAAGUGCUUCUACCGCGAGGCUUUAGUUGACUACCGGAGGUGGAACGAGGCUGCGGUGGAGGCGGGUCACGGCGCUUCGAUGCACUCCGCGUGGGGAGGCGUGCGUGCUUGGGCAGGGCCCCCUGCCCAGGCCUUUCCUGUGACGGUCGCCGCGGCGCCGGCGUGCUCUUCACCAGCGCAGAGUGAGCCGCCUGUCUCCGGACCCUCGCCUUCUGCGUCUCCUUCGGCCGCCUCGUCCUCGUCUUUUUCUUCUUCUUCUUCUUCCGCCAAGCUUUCGUGGUUUUUCCCCCGGUUCAAAAAGGAGCCGCCGACUGACAAGAGCCCGAGAGGGCAGGAGGAGCCCCAGACCACAGGGCGGCACAAGGACGCCCGCGAGGGCCCCGGAGGCGAGAGACACUCUGCCGCGGGAGCCUUUGCGGGCGAGGGGACAGCCCAGGCGGCGGAGGGCGGGGGUCGCCGGCUGUCGUCUCCACCGCGGUUUCCCGCCCCCGCGAGUUCAUUUGAAAACGCGACGGUGCUCGCAGCGCCGGUGUCGCCGCGGGCCUCUGAAGCGCCGUCCACGCAGAAGAAGCCGUCUGGCCGUCUCAGGCGUCGGCUUGCCGGCUGGCAUCAACUCGGCAAGAUCCGAGGCCAUGGAGCGGAGACGGCGAAGAACGAACGGCAGCGGGAGAGACAGGGAGGAACCAGCGUGCAAGGAGCAAAGGACGAGCUGGCGCGGCCUCCUUCCUCUUCUGCGGCGUCGUGUCAGGAGCUGGGCUCUCCGCCUGCGUCUCCGUUGGGAAGGGAGGCGUCGCACGGGGCAGACCAAGGGGGUGAGGGCGUUCACCACGAGGAGAGGGGGCGAUCGCUUCCUCCUUCGUUUCCCGCUCUUCAUCCGUCCUCCCCUUCGUCGUCUUCUUCUCAACACCGGGUGUUGUGCUUCUCAGAAGGGUUGCCCGGGCCGCCGCCAGAUGUAGGCGCCUCUUUCUGCCGUCUGCCUGAGACUCCGCAGUCUCGUGCGUCGGGUGCCUCCUUGUCGGUUCUUCCGCCUUCCCCUUGCUCACCCGCUUCAUCUUCUUCGGUGUCUGCGUCGCCUCCGUUCCCCUCUUCGGCGGCUUCCUCCCCAGCACCUGCGGCCUUCUUGCCGCCUCCGCCCAUGGACGAGGCCUCGAACCCCCGCGUGAGCACCGAAGACGGCCUGCAUGUGUUGCCUCUUUUGGCGGCUCCCUUUCCUUCCUUCUCGUCCUCUCUGCUCUCGCCAAGUCUGCCGCCAAGCAACCCUUCUGCGGCGGAGCGUGGCGACGGACGGCCCGGCGCGAGCCGUGCGGCGAUGCCUUUUCGGGCGGCGAUGCUGAGGGCGGAAGACAGGCAGGCGGAAACUGCCGGUUUCUUUCACCUGAUAUCAGAGCCUUACUCGCCAGAAGCAAGGCGGGCGGUGUCUUCGCUUCUGGGGUACCUUGAUGGGGCGACGACGCGGGCGCGAGCGUGUUCGCUCGCUGAGGAAGCAACCGAGGAGGACGGAGAGAGGCGACGAGGGAACGCCGAGGACGAGAAGUUUGAGGGGCUCUCUGCAAAGAAGAAACGACAAUCGAGCAAGCGAGAGAAGCUAAUGAAGGGUUCCUCCUCGUCGCUGGCCGCAAAGCGGCCCCUCCAGGCUGCAGGAACAGAAGACGAUGAGGCAGAGGACUUUUUUCACGGCUUGCCAUCUCGGUAUCGCGGCGACGCGGGCAUUCUCUCUCUUUCUUCGUCUCCGUCCUCGUCCCCUGGGCGGACGCGGCGCAAGAGCCUCAGGCGGUCGCGCUCGCCAUCUCCCUCGCCUUCCUAUGCGCCGUUGUCGCCUCUCUCAUCCAGCCUUGCUCGGCAGAGCCACGAAGAGAUGUAUGCUCACGGACAGGAUGUAUCAUUGAAGCCGGCGCGGAAAAAGAGUGGAGAGAGGAAGGAAAGACAGUCGCCGUCGCGGCGGCCUCGUGGAGCAUCGCUGACCGAGGGCUUGCGAUGGAAGAACGAGGCAGAGGAGACGAGGAAGGAGGAGGCGCCGUGCCGAAAGCCUGAGUCCACCGCAGGAAGGCCAGCGAGAAAGAGCGCGAAGCGGAGAGAAGAAAGCGUUCAGAACGGGUUACGCGCUGAGACGUCUUCUUCUCGAGGCCUCGUCGAGCCGAGUACGGGGGGCAUCCGGGGGACAGGCGGUGCGGAGAGAGGCGCUAUGGCGGCCUUUGAGCGACAACCGCAGGUGGACGCCACAGGUCUUUGCAAUUUUAGCGCGACAAAUGGAGGCGGAAACACCGCCUAUGAGGCACUUGGAGCCCAGCAGCAUUCUUACUUCCGAUCGUUUCUUGUACCAUCCUGUAGUCACGCCGCUGGAAGUCACGGAUUGGCGCUCCCUGUGUACCCGCCGGGGCCUUCUACCGGCGUCUCUCCACCCGGUCAGGUCCCAGCACUCCUCCCCCCGUGGCGCUCUCCAGGGCUUUCAGGCCUGCCUCCGUCGUCGGCUCCCCGUCAGUUCCUCUCUUCUUCGCCAGCAACAACCUAUGGACGGCCCUUUGGCGCGGCGCCCUCCACGUCGUCGCCGCCGCGGCCUGAGGUGUUCGCGGGAGCACAUGCACCCACCGCGCUUGUAAGGCCCGUCGUCGCGGUUCCCGGCGCGCCACCGACGGCUUCCUUGGUUUCUUCGUUUCCGCUCCCCCCGCAAGCCUCCUCUCUCGGCCCAUCGACUCGCGUCGCCUGCGCACCCGCGGCGCUGCUCGCUUCUCAGGGGCGGUGUGUAGAGGCUCAGGCAGCGUUGCGGCUGCCGCAGGCGGCAAGCGCAGGUCGGGAUGCGGCUUUCUCUUCGUCUGUCUGCUCUUCCGCGGCCUCCUACUUCUCCCCCGUCUCCGCCUCGGCGGCGCAGGCCUUCCGUUCCUCGGCUGCUUCGUCUCCGCUUCAGGGGCGGAGGGGCGCGCCGUCUUCGGUCUCGCUUGGGGGCAACCAGCCCACGAGGUCUCCUGUGCACGCCACGGGCGACGUGCCGAGCGGGAGUGAAGCCGCUCACUCUCCGUCGGACAUUUGGAAUGCUGGCAGAGCGACGUUGACGGCCACGGGCGUUCCAGUGUCUCUCAGGGUCUCCUCUUCAUCGCCUUUCGCCUCGGCCUCGUCCCUCCAGCCGCAGGCGGCAGCUGCACAUCACGGACAGGGCGGCGGAAAGAGACUCGCAUGCGUGCAUGACGAUAGCAACAAUCCUUUUGCUUUGUUCUCUGGGCCGUGGCGGGGUUCCUCGGCGUCGCCUCCCACGCAGGUUUUGCCGCGUGCGUCUCCUCUCUCUGCCGCCUCCGCCCACGGACUGUCGGGCUCUAGUCUAUCCGCGGCGGGCUUGCCGGCUUCUUUGGGUUCCACAGCCUCCGCCUCCUUCGCGUCGCCUUCCUCCCGAGCCGGGUCGCGUCCAGGCGUUUCACACCCCGGGGCUUUCGCUUCGGCAUCAGAGGGAGGCGCUCGUGUUCCGGGGGGGAGGCGCUCCCCAGUCUCCGCGUCGCGCAAGUCGCCUGUGUUGGUGGUGUCGGGAGUGAGCGGCGACUUUGAGAGAAAUCCCUUCGCUCUUUUGGGGCGGGCGCCGAGGAAAGAAGACUCGGAGAGCUCCCCCCAGCCGCCUUCUCUUUCGUCUGCGUCGGCAUCUCCCGCGUCGUGUAUGUCUUCGGCGUCUGAACCCGUGCUCGGAGCGUCGACGUGGUCCGACCGGCCGUGUGGGGCCUCUGCUUCGCCUUUUUCGUGGCCAGUUCGAGGCUCCACAGAUCUGGCUGGAAGGCCCUCGCUCGUCUCUCCCCCCUCGCCGGCACGCGGCGAAGAGAUAGCAGGAGCCUCUGUGUCGUCGCCGUCUGCGUCCCUCGCGCCGGUCGCUGCGCCGGUCUCGGAUGCGCAGCAAGCCCAGGAGCGGAGGAAGGAGGAGCCUGCGGCCAGCGGAGCCGACAGCGUGAGCAAUGGCGCACCUCAGAGGAUGCAGGAGCGCAUGCGCAGAGAGAAGGGCGGUAUGAGAGGCAGAUGUGGAGUCAAGACUGAGGAAGGCGCUGCAGACUGCCGCGAGAGAGGCAGAGAGCGCGUGAGGAAACUGAGUGGGGAUAGCGUUGUGGGUGAGGAAGGUAGACACGGCGUCGCCACGCAGGGAGUGAUUCUUGCUCCUCGUUUUCCGUCUCCAACCCCGCACUAA